AUGGUGAUUUUGGUGAGUGCGCUAAAUGAUUGGAAGGUGGAUGUGUCAGACGGCAUGCUGGUAUCUGAGAUGCGGGCGGCUUUGGCAAGGAAGAUUCAUGAUUGCGCUUCAAAGAGCAGCUCUGCAGCCAAGAGUGCUUCUACUGCUGCAAGCAAGCCAGCUAACAUGGUGUCUUCCAAGGCUUCAUCUGGACCAGGCCUCAUCAUGUGGCACCAAAUCGGGUCUCGUUCGGGUCUCGUCAGACGUCUCAAAGCUUGGCUUGUUGUGGGAAAGCUUUUGUUUCUUUCCUUUCUUGCAGGAAAGACAGAGGCUUUUUUCUACGCUCAAGAGAAUGGCUCACAAACGCCAUCCUCCUUUGCUCAUCAUUGGCUGAAACCUCAGCGCCUCCGCUGGCCAGAUCAUGCAAAAAGGUUACUCCUCUGGGCAGAUUCUGGAGGAGGGAGCCUCUUGCGCUUGAAUGUCUCCGUGGCAGUGCUGUGUGAGAGGUAUGCAUGUGACCUUUUCUUGAACCCAAGCUAUGGAACCAAGGCGAUGUGUGCGCUCGACACUUUUCCGCAUGGGCAGAUGGCUGCCAAGUGGAGCGCCUUCAAGCAAGAGUACUCGCGUCAGCAUGGGGGUGACUUGGGAAUUUUUCCCGCCAUCUCUGCUUUGCGUCAUAUCGUUGAGGAGAGCCUUGCAAGCAAACCAGCAGCUGCUGGAUGGUGCAGGGUGGGUAUAGUUCCAGGUGAGCCAAUCAACAGAAACAAAGUCCUUCACGACAGACUUACAGAAUGCUUUCAGAGCAAGCGCUCUGGAGGAGGCCUGUCGGAAAGGCCUCAAACGCAGGCUGCAGGUGUUUUGGAUCUAGUGCAGCGCAUCUCUCCCAAGAAAGAAAGGUGUACCGGUGAGAACUGCAAGCGUGUCUUCAGCGUGGCAGACAAGUUUUGCCCUUCUUGCGGUACGCCGAAUGCUCACUUUGAUGGACAAGAGCUGGCCCUCACUGGCAGUGGCAAAAAGCCUGGGUGGGUGAAAAGAGAAUCGCGGCUGCCACUGCAGAUUGCUGCAGAACCCCCUCCGCUGCCACCGCCAGAGGAAGCUCCUCCAGCACCUUCCUCUUCGUCCGGCCAGCCACAAACAGCUGAAGAGGAAGCAGAAGACGAAACGUGCGACUUGGACACAAAGGAGGGCAUCACUGGACUUCUGGAACACUUGUUCAAGCACGCUGAAAUUAAAGUGAGCUUGAAUGAGUUUGACCGUGCUGUCGCGCAGUUUUGCGCGCAUUUGACUGAAACGAAGCCUGGCGGCAUGCCUCUCAGCAGGCAUUUUCGAAACGAGUCACUGGACAAGGGUCUCCGAUCUCAAGUGAUCAGAGAAGGCAACGCAGGUCCAAAACGAACGAUUCGCAACGGCACUCGUGUUUUGGUGCGAGACUUGCCAGAGAAGGUCCGCAAGACAUCCCUGCAGUCAGCUUUCGGAGAUUUCGGCAAUGUAGUACGCAUUGAGCUGAUGCCAGAGCAGCGAACAGCGUAUAUUGAGUAUGAGGAGCCCUGUGAUGCUGAAGACGCUGCACGAGAAAUGGAUGGAAAGAUGGUGGAAAAGUCCAAGGUUCGAACGAAGCUCAUGGAUGAUCGGCCCAGAGCGGCCAUGGACCAUGCAAUUCGAGUUCAAGAAGCGUGUUUGGCUCACCUCGAGUCUCGUGCCGCUGAACAUCAACAACGGAUUUUUGGUGACGGGCCAACGAAUUCACGAGGCCUUCAUCGGAGUCGCAGCCGCCAGCGGUAG